CGCGCUUGCGCCCUGCCGGUGGCGGCGGUGUGUCCGUCAUGGCGGCGUCCAUCUCCGGCUACACCUUCAGCUCCGUGUGCUACUGCAGCGCCAACAGCAGCGCCGACCACGAAGGAUUUCUGCUGGGAGAGGUGAGGCAAGAAGAGACUUUUAGCAUUAGUGAUUCACAGAUCAGCAACACUGAAUUUCUACAAGUGAUUGAAAUCCAUAACCAUGAGCCUUGUUCAAAACUCUUUAGCUUUUAUGACUAYGCAGGCAAAGUUAAUGAGGAGAGCUUGGACAGAAUUCUCAAAGACCGAAGAAAAAACGUUAUUGGAUGGUACAGAUUUAGGAGAAACACCCAGCAGCAGAUGUCAUAUAGAGAGCACAUCAUUCAUAAACAGCUGACACACAUCCUUGGAGUGCCUGAUCUUGUCUUCCUUCUCUUCAGCUUCAUUUCCACUGCAAAUAACUCAACACAUGCUUUAGAAUAUGUGCUUUUUAGACCAAACCGAAGGUAUAAUCAAAGGGUGUCACUUACUAUUCCUAAUCUAGGCAACACUAGUCAACAGGAAUACAAAGUUUCUUCAGUGCCAAAUACUUCUCAGAAUUAUGCCAAAGUUAUUAAGGAACACGGUACUGAUUUUUUUGACAAAGAUGGAGUGAUGAAGGACAUCAGGGCUAUAUAUCAGGUUUAUAAUGCACUUCAGGAAAAAGUACAGGCAGUAUGUAUAGAUGUAGAAAAAAGUGAACGUGUUGUCGAAUCUUUUCAAGCUGAUGUAAACAAGUUGAAAAGGCAAAUAGCACAAAAGAAGAAUGAAAAAGAACAAGAAAUAAGAAUGCAGCAGGCMAUUUUAAGCAGGCAAAUGCCAACAGAUAACUUGGAGCCCAUGUUUGUUCCACGAAUGUCCUACACUGGGUUUGCUGUGGAAGGCUGCACACUCGAAGACUCGGAUGUGUCUGAUCCUCCCCCGCCAUACUCGGAUUUCAACACAACCACUCAAGACAGUUCUGUCAGCCCCGGGCUCCUGGAGAGCAGUGUCUUCAUGCCUCGGCCUCAGGCAGUAGGAUCUUCCAGUUAUGUUCCCACAAGUGCAGGAUUGAAAUAUUCUGGUAAUGGAGCAUCCAUGCCAUCUUCCCAAAGAGCGCUCGGUGACAAUGUUGAUGAAUCAGAAGACAGUGAUUAUGAGAAUUUGCUUGAACCCACAGAAUCAUCUGACAGUGAAUACUCACAGACAAGGGAGUCACGACCUUCAGCACAUCCCGAUGGUGAUUCCAGGAACACUCAAACUUCUCAGAUUUGAUAGGGGGGAAAACAAAAAAAAAAAUCCACGUGACACUGUUUUUUCAUAAUUGUUACCGAGAGAUUUUGGGGAUUUAACCCGGAGGAAAUGAACUACACAGGAUUACUGUGCACACAAAAUGUAGAAGACUUGCACUAGAUGGUUUAUUCACCUUGUGAUACAUUUUGCAAGUUUUAUAAUGGAAUCAUUAGGAUAAUCAAGUUGUACUAAUACUGAUGAGGUUCAUGGAUGUACUGGUAAAUUUAGGCAAAAUGAAAUUUAUAGAGAUCUUGUAGCUUUUGUUGCCAUAUUUUCUUUAAGACAAUAAAUUGGGAUGUAGUAAUUAAGCACAGUUAGUCUACAGAUAAUGUUCUCAAAUCAAAACUUACCUCUUGCACUAUCAUGCCUUGAAUUUUAAUUUUUGAAAGGGAAUAAAUAUAUCAGCCGCCUUCAAAAUAGCUUUCUAUGGUAAGCCAAAUUGGCCUUUGCAAGCAAAGAAAUUUUGAUAAUUCUGAGAAGCCUGAUUGGAAAAGAUGUGGUCACCCUCUUUCUGUGGGCAUGCCCUCAUCAGAGGAGGGGUUUGGUUUGACCUUUUUUAUUAGCAGAAUGUGUCUCACUUCAACUGAUGGUUGCCUUUUUUUCUGUAAAGGGUGUUGGGGGGUGGGAUGCCUGGUAAAUCAUCCAGAUGAAUGUCAUAAAUAGAAUUAUUCUGGUUUCACUGGGUUUACAAUGACUUUACGCCACACUAGCCUCAUUUAUUGUCUCAUGUGUUCUUUUAGCAUAAAUAUGAAGUGCACAUACAGGAGUAAAUGACCGACAGAAGUAGUAAAUUCCAUCAUGAUUGGACUUUGGAGUCUGCAAAUUACAAACAUCAGAGACUGCUGUUUCCAUUUUAUUUGCAUCUGAGUAUUGGAUUUACGCUUCUAGAUGAGUUAUUUUAUGUAAUACAUAGGGGAUAGGGUAGGAGAAGAUUGUUUGGAGAGUCCCCUGGGUUUAUUACCUCUUUUCCUCUGGGUGAAACAUGUAAAUGAUUAUUUUAAUUUGAAUWACAGCUCUUGUCAGAAAACUGCCGUUUGGGAUAAAUGAAGUGUGGUAUAUUUAGGGAAUUUCAUGUUUGGAUGCACUUACUUUUAUUUAAAUACUGCUUGUAUGCUAACGUUGCCCAAAAUAUGUGAAAUUGUGCCACUAAGAAGUUUGUAUUAUUGGACUUUAUCCCUGAUGUGUAAAUGAGAAAAUACACAUUUUAAGAUGAGGUUAUCUGCAGCAUUUAUCACUUUGAGGUGUCAAUAGCCACUUCUUUGGUUUACACCCAGAACAGCAAAGCAGUCACUUAAAAWUUUUAAAUUUACACACUGAAAUUUWGGUCUUUUGGAUCAUAUCCAUAGGCAGAAGUCUGUUCAUUACCCUCUCCUUACCUGUACUAAAUUGAGCAAAAUAACUUUGGGAAAAAUGAGAUGUUAAAAUUACCACUCRUCUACCGAGUGUUUCCACCUUUAAACAUCCAGCGCUCUGGUUUUAACUAUUUUACAUUGUUCUCAUUAGCCUUAAUUUGAUGGWUUUUUGUCUUGGAGUGUUGCAAUCCCUGGAACAGAGACCUUGCUGUGGAGUCACCACCUGUGAGCACCUGUGGCUCAGGUGUGAACGUGUGGAUGCUGGAAUCAGAAUUGACAGGUUGGCAGCCACCGUCUUUAUUUUUAUUCUGCACAGAAACCUGCAAAAUGUACAUCUCUUGACAAAGCAGUUCAAUGUGACAAUAAAAUCUUAUUUAAUCCUAACAUAGAUUUUAAUACUUGUCAGGUUCCACGUUGGUAGAAGAGCUCGCUGGGGAGUAGAAAUGCAGCUCAAAAGGGCUGGGCUGUUUGUGGGACUGAGGGGAUGUGGUAGAGGGGGCCUGACACGUGUGCUCAUGUUUAUACAAGAAUCUUGAAUUCUGGGGUUAUUUAACAAAAAAUAUUAAAAGUUCUGCUUGGUUUUCUGUGCACCAUGCAGGUGGAACAAGUG